UCUCAGCGCAGCCAUGUCUGGCGGCGCGGGGCGGCGAGGCGCGCUCGGGCGGCGGCGCCCUCUGUGAGGCGGCGGCGGCGGCGGCGGACGAGCGGCGGCGGCGGGCAUCCAUGUCGGCGGGCAGGGAUUAGCGCGGCGGGCGCCCAGCCGAGCGGAGGGGGCGGCCGGCCCGUCGCCCCCUUCCCGCGGGGUCUCCGGCGGGAGCGAGCCGUACCCAGCUGGCGGGGGCGGGUGGACAUGGCUGACCGGAGCGCGCCGAGCUGCCACCUGCGGCUGGAGUGGGUCUACGGCUACCGGGGUCAUCAGUGCCGCAACAACCUCUACUACACGGCGGCCAAGGAGAUCGUCUACUUUGUGGCGGGGGUCGGCGUGGUCUACAGCCCCCGGGAGCACCGGCAGAAAUUCUACCUGGGGCACCAGGACGACAUCAUCAGUCUUGCUUUGCACCCUGAACGUGUGUUGGUGGCAACAGGUCAAGUUGGAAAGGAACCAUAUAUCUGCGUGUGGGAUUCAUACACUGUGCAAACUGUAUCUGUUCUGAAAGAUGUUCACACACAUGGUAUAGCUUGCUUGGCCUUUGAUCUAGAUGGUCAGCGUUUGGUCUCGGUUGGUUUGGAUUCGAAAAACACAGUUUGUGUAUGGGACUGGAGAAAAGGAAAAUUGUUAUCAAUGGCUCCUGGUCAUACAGACAGAAUAUUUGAUAUUUCUUGGGAUUUAUACCAGCCAAACAAGCUCGUCAGCUGUGGUGUAAAACACAUCAAGUUCUGGAGCUUGUGUGGCAAUUCAUUGACACCGAAACGUGGUGUCUUUGGCAAGACCGGUGAUCUCCAGACUAUCUUGUGCCUCGCCUGUGCAAGGGAUGAAGUGACGUAUUCCGGUGCACUGAAUGGAGAUAUAUAUGUAUGGAAAGGAAUCAACCUUGUACGGACAAUACAGGGAGCACAUGCUGCAGGAAUUUUCAGUAUGAAUGCAUGUGAAGAGGGGUUUGCUACUGGUGGCAGGGAUGGCUGCGUUCGCUUGUGGGACUUAAAUUUCAAACCAAUUACUGUGAUUGAUCUCAGGGAAACAGACCAGGGAUAUAAAGGUCUCUCUGUAAGGAGUGUUUGCUGGAGAGGAGACCAUAUACUCGUUGGGACACAAGAUAGUGAAAUUUUUGAAAUUGUGGUGCAUGAGCGUAAUAAGCCUUUCCUGAUAAUGCAGGGGCACUGUGAAGGAGAGCUGUGGGCUUUGGCUGUCCAUCCUACAAAACCCCUGGCCAUGACUGGAAGCGAUGAUCGAUCAGUCAGAAUCUGGAGUUUAAUAGACCACGCUCUGAUUGCCCGGUGCAACAUGGAGGAGCCCAUUCGCUGCGCCGCGGUUAGUACUGAUGGAAUCCAUCUUGCUCUUGGAAUGAAGGAUGGCUCGUUCACUGUGCUUCGAGUCAGAGAUAUGACUGAGGUUGUUCAUAUCAAAGACAGGAAAGAAGCUAUUCAUGAACUCAAAUAUUCUCCAGAUGGGAAUUUCCUAGCUGUUGGUUCCAAUGACAGCUCUGUGGAUAUAUAUGGCGUUGUUCAACGAUACAAGAAAGUUGGGGAAUGUAUUGGAUCCUUAAGCUUCAUCACCCAUAUGGAUUGGUCUUCAGACAGUAAAUACUUACAGACCAAUGAUGGCAAUGGAAAGAGACUUUUUUACAGAAUGCCAGGUGGAAAAGAAGUAACAAACAAGGAGGAAUUGAAAGGCAUUCAAUGGGCAUCAUGGACCUGUGUUUCUGGCCUUGAAGUUAAUGGAAUCUGGCCCAAAUAUUCAGAUAUAAAUGAUAUAAAUUCUGUGGAUGCAAAUUUUAUUGGUCAAGUUAUGGUUACAGCUGAUGAUUAUGGAAUAGUAAAGCUCUUUCGAUACCCAUGUCUAAGAAAAGGAGCAAAGUUUAAAAAAUAUCUUGGUCACUCUGCUCACGUGACAAACGUCAGAUGGUCGCACGAUCACCAGUGGGUUGUUUCCAUUGGCGGAGCUGAUCAUUCUGUCUUUCAGUGGAAGUUUGUUCCCGACCGCAAGUUGAAGGACACUCUUCAUAUAGCACCCCAAGAGAGUCUGGUUGAUUCUAAUAGUGAUGAAUCAGAUUCAGAUCAAUCUGAUGUUCCAGAGCUGGACUCUGAAAUUGAACAAGAGACACAGAUCACCUAUCGUCGACAGGUUUACAAAGAAGAUCUACCUCAACUUAAAGAGCAAUGCAAAGAAAAAAGAAAAAGUGCAGCUUCUAAGAGACGUGAGCGAGCUCCAGGGAACAGUAUAAGACUACAUUUUGUUCAUGGUUACAGAGGUUACGACUGUCGAAGCAAUCUCUUUUACACGCAGACGGGUGAAAUCGUAUACCAUGUGGCAGCAGUGGGAGUGGUGUACAACCGGCAGCAGAACACACAGCGCUUCUAUCUGGGUCAUGAUGAUGACAUUCUUUGCCUUGCUAUUCAUCCCUUAAAGGACUAUGUGGCAACAGGCCAGGUUGGUCGAGAUUCCUCAAUACACAUUUGGGAUACAGAAACAAUAAAGCCACUCUCAGUAUUAAAGGGCUAUCACCAGUAUGGUGUUUGUGCUGUUGAUUUUUCAGCGGAUGGGAAACGAUUGGCUUCUGUUGGAAUAGAUGACAAUCACACUAUUGUACUCUGGGAUUGGAAGAAAGGAGAAAAGCUUUCAGCAGUAAGGGGAAGCAAAGAUAAGAUUUUUGUUGUUAAGAUUAAUCCUUACAUGCCUGAUAAACUGAUUACAGUUGGAAUUAAACACAUGAAAUUCUGGCGGAGAGCAGGAGGUGGACUAAUUGGGAGAAAGGGCUGCAUAGGUGCAUUGGGAAGAACUGACACAAUGAUGUGUGCAGUGUAUGGCUGGACAGAAGAGAUGGCGUUCUCUGGAACCUCCACGGGGGAUGUGUGUAUUUGGAGAGAUGUGUUUCUCAUAAAAACUGUCAAAGCACAUGAUGGUCCUGUGUUCAGCAUGCACGCAUUGGAAAAAGGAUUUGUUACUGGAGGAAAGGAUGGGGUAGUAGCUCUGUGGGAUGAUACCUUUGAACGCUGUCUCAAAACCUAUGCCAUCAAAAGGGCUGCCCUGGCUCCCGGAUCCAAAGGUCUCCUCUUAGAAGAUAAUCCUUCUAUACGUGCCAUAUCGUUAGGACAUGGUCAUAUUCUAGUGGGCACAAAGAAUGGUGAAAUACUGGAGGUGGAUAAAAGUGGACCAAUAACUCUGCUGGUUCAGGGUCACAUGGAGGGGGAAGUUUGGGGUCUAGCUACUCAUCCUCAUUUACCUAUUUGUGCCACUGUAAGUGAUGACAAAACCUUAAGAAUAUGGGAUUUAUCUCCCAGCCAUUGUAUGUUAGCUGUUCGCAAAUUGAAAAAGGGAGGCAGAUGUUGCUGCUUUUCUCCUGAUGGAAAAGCAUUAGCUGUUGGUCUUAAUGAUGGAAGUUUUUUGAUAGUUAAUGCAGAUACUCUGGAGGAUUUAGUCUCUUUCCAGCACAGGAAAGAUGUUAUUUCAGAAAUCAGAUUUUCUCCUGGGGCUGGAAAGUACUUGGCUGUAGCAUCCUGUGACAACUUUGUAGAUAUUUACAAUGUAAUGAGCAGUAAAAGAGUAGGAAUCUGCAAGGGAGCCUCCAGCUAUAUCACGCACAUGGACUGGGACAUAAGAGGAAAACUUUUGCAAGUCAACACUGGUGCUAAAGAGCAGUUGUUUUUUGAAGCCCCUCGGGGGAAAAAGCAGACUAUUCCAAGUUUGGAGGUAGAAAAGAUUGGCUGGGCAUCAUGGACAAGUGUUUUGGGCUCUUGCUGUGAAGGGAUUUGGCCAAUAAUUGGUGAAGUCACAGAUGUAACUGCUUCAUGCCUCACUAGUGAUAGUAAAGUAUUGGCCACAGGAGAUGAUUUUGGAUUUGUGAAAUUGUUUCGAUACCCUGCUAAAGGAAAGUUUGGGAAGUUUAAGAGGUAUGUUGCUCACAGUACCCAUGUGACGAAUGUCCGUUGGACCUACGAUGACGGUUUGCUGGUCACUGUUGGGGGAGCAGACACCUCCUUAAUGCUGUGGACCUAUGAGAUGGAAGGACAUCGGGACAGCAGGCAGUGUGACAGUGAGGAGUCUGAUCUAGAUUCUGAAGAAGACGGAGGUUAUGACAGUGAUGUGACAAGGGAAAAUGAAAUUAAUUACACCAUCAAAGCCUUAUCAACAAACAUUAGACCAAUGUUUGGAAUUAAGCCUCAUCUGCAACAAAAGGAGCCAACCUUAGAUGAAAGACCACCAGUUAGUAGGGCAUUGCCACAGCCGGAGAAACUUCAGACAAAUAAUGUGGGGAAAAAAAAGAGACCUAUAGAGGACCUAAUUUUGGAGCUGGUGUUUGGGUAUCGAGGCAAGGACUGCAGGAACAAUGUGCACUAUUUGAAUGAUGGUGCUGAUGUAAUUUAUCACACUGCAUCUAUUGGGAUCUUGUAUAACGUGGCAACAGGCUCUCAGUCAUUUUACCAGGAACACAAUGAUGAUAUUUUGUGCCUCACUGUGAAUCAGCACCCCAAGUUUACCAACAUAGUGGCAACUGGCCAAGUAGGAGACUCAGCAGAUAUGUCAGCUACAGCUCCUUCUAUUCAUGUGUGGGAUGCAAUGAACAAGCAGACGCUGUCGGUACUGCGGUGCUACCAUUCCAAGGGCGUUUGCUCAGUCAGUUUCAGUGCCACUGGCAAGCUGCUGCUGUCCGUAGGGCUGGAUCCCGAACAUACCAUUACCAUUUGGAAGUGGCAAGAAGGUGCCAAAAUUGCCAGCCGAGCUGGUCAUAACCAGCGUAUAUUUGUAGCAGAAUUCAGGCCGGAUUCAGAUACACAGUUUGUUUCUGUGGGAGUAAAACAUGUGAGGUUCUGGACACUGGCUGGAAGAGCUCUCCUCAGUAAAAAAGGGCUGCUGAGCUCCAUAGAAGAUGCCCGCAUGCAGACGAUGCUUUCUGUAGCUUUUGGAGCGAAUAACUUGACAUUUACAGGUACUAUCAGUGGAGAUGUUUGUGUUUGGAAAGACCACGUGUUGAUACGAAUUGUGGCCAAAGCUCACAACGGACCUGUUUUCACAAUGUAUACCACACUAAGAGAUGGUUUGAUUGUUACAGGAGGGAAAGAAAGGCCUUCAAAGGAAGGAGGAGCAGUUAAGCUCUGGGACCAGGAACUGAAACGAUGUCGUGCCUUCAGACUGGAGACAGGACAAAUGACAGACUGUGUUCGUUCUGUUUGCAGAGGCAAGGGGAAAAUUCUCGUUGGGACAAGAAACGCUGAAAUAAUUGAAGUUGGAGAGAAAAAUGCUGCAUGUAACAUUCUAAUUAACGGUCAUAUGGAUGGACCCAUCUGGGGCCUAGCAACGCAUCCGUCCAGAGAUUUUUUCCUUUCUGCUGCAGAAGAUGGCACAGUAAGACUCUGGGAUAUUGCUGAAAAGAAGAUGCUGAACAAAGUCAGCUUAGGACAUGCAGCUCGUACAGUUUGUUACAGCCCAGAAGGUGAUAUGGUAGCUAUUGGCAUGAAAAAUGGAGAAUUUAUUAUCCUGCUUGUGACCUCUUUAAAAAUUUGGGGGAAAAAAAGGGACAGAAGAUCAGCAAUUCAAGAUAUCAGGUUUAGCCCAGAUUCUCGGUACCUAGCAGUUGGUUCCAGUGAGAAUGCAGUGGAUUUUUAUGAUCUGACUUUGGGUCCUACACUAAAUAGAAUCAGCUAUUGCAAAGAUAUCCCAAGUUUUGUGAUCCAGAUGGACUUCUCUGCUGAUAGCUCUUAUCUCCAGGUCUCUACGGGGUCUUACAAAAGGCAAGUGUAUGAAGUGCCUUCAGGAAAGCAGCUUGUGGACCAGGCUGUGAUUGACAGGAUAACAUGGGCUACUUGGACAAGUGUUCUAGGGGAUGAAGUAAUUGGAAUCUGGUCCAGGCAUGCUGAAAAAGCUGAUGUGAACUGUGCUUGUGUCUCUCACUCGGGAAUCAAUCUCGUAACAGGCGAUGAUUUUGGCAUGGUCAAACUGUUUGACUUCCCAUGUCCUGAAAAAUUUGCAAAACACAAACGAUUUUUAGGUCACUCUGCCCACUUAACUAAUAUUCGAUUCACAAGUGGAGACAGAUACGUGGUCAGUGCCGGAGGGGACGACUGCAGCUUAUUUGUUUGGAAGUGUGUGCAUAUGCCUCAUUGAGAGAGACAUGGAGACUUGCAAAGAGGAAACUGCAUGAAGUACCAGGCAUGAAAUACCCAGGACUGCGAUGUGACAUUCUACUGUGCCCUGCAUGCGUAAGAAAUGACCCAAGACACAGAGCAAUCUGUCUCUGAAAGACCUGGAGUCUGCCAGAAGGAUGGACUGUCACAAACACACUGAGGCUGCUAGGUUUGCUUCAGUGUCAGCUAAUCUGGGUUUGUAUUCCACUCACUGCCAGAUGUUGAAUACAAAAUAUGUGGAUGAAAGGAAAAAGUGAAUUGUUAAUCAAUGUACAGUUUCACUGCAAGUUCUUGGGGUUUUAAUCAAGGGAUCCUGUUGCUGACCUAGUGCUGUACAUUGAUCUAUUUUCAGCAUGAAUGUUUUUCCUUUAAGUUUUGAGGUCUAAAUAGCAUAGAUAAAGAGUAUUCCAUAUUUUAUUACUGAGAGAGACCAUAUAUUAAGUCUUAAAUAGAUAGUAUUUUAAUAAAUGUUUAAUUAUUAUAAUGGAAAUUAUAUUUCUAUGGCUGGUCAAAAGGAAACAUCAUAUCUGAUGAAGCAGAAAAUAAUAGAGUUGAUUCCUUAUGACUGAAAUAUUUCUGUAUUUAGAGGCCUGGGUCACAGUCAUGUCUGGUGAAAGCCGUUGGAUAUGCAUGAUCUUCAUGGCUAAUUUAGUGUUUUUGUUGCACUUAAACAUUAAAUUAGUUCUAUGAGCAAAAAUAGAUUUGCUCACUUUGCGAGUGCCUUGCCCACUACUUAAAAGUCUAACUCCAAUUUUUGCCUUGUGAAUAAAAGUAUUCUCAGUGGAAGAGAGAUUAUUGCUUUGUUACUUGACUGGGCUCUCUUGACUGUGAGCCUCUCUGCUGGAAAUGAGGACCAGGGUGAGGAUUUUGUAGUCUUGUUGUUGAUAAAGUUUGGGAUGUCAGCAGUGGCAAAAAUAGAAUUUCAGAGCAAUAUGAAUUGAUUUUAUUUUCUCAGCAUCAUAGGGGAGAUUCAGAGAACUUUCCGAGCACUAUAUUUUAUACAUUUGAACUUUUUAAUAGAGCUAGGACUAUCUGGGAGAUGUCUCUAUUCAGAUUUCUCUUCUGAUUGUAAAAAAUGUCCAAUCAUCUGCUUCUUUGAAUGGACCUGCUGUCACCUCAAACAUUUAUUCUAUCCUGCAACAUAACUGCGAUUCUAAGUUGGAAAAACAUUUCAGUGAUAAUAAAAUCCUGAACAAAGCUGUGCUUUGGGUACAAGUGAGGAAGAUUUCAUCAGCUGUUUGUCUAAAUCAUGUCCUAGAGAAGCAUUAAAGACAGUAAUGCUGUAAUAUAGCAUGUGAUAUAGCAGGGAUCAAAAAUCACCAAUUAUCAGCACUGCUCCCAUUGUGGCAUUCUGCUGGGAACAGAAAGAUUUCUUUCUGUGUAAGCCAGCAUUGCUUUGACAGUGGCACUUUUGUCAGUCAGUCA